UAACAUUUGAUGGCUACGGUUAUGGCUGGUCUUGGAGAUUGUGAGUUUCUGGUGCGGAGGGCGCGUGAGUUGGUCCUGGAGGACACGUGUGCGGCGCGAGCCUGGCUCAUCACUGCGCGCACUCUAUACCCUCAAGACUUUAAUAUUCAGUAUGAGAUGUACAGUAUAGAAAGAAAUGCAGAAAGGACAGUAUCAGCUGGGAGAUUGUUAUAUGACAUGUUUGUGAAUUUCCCAGAUCAGCCUGUAGUUUGGAGAGAAAUUACGGUAAUUACUGCUGCACUCAGAAAUGACUCCCAGGAUAAACAAACUCAGUUCUUAAGAGGUUUAUUUGAGACACUUCCCGGCAGAGUACAGUGCGAGAUGUUAUUAAAAGCCACAGAACAAUGUUUCAAUACACUCGAACGUGCAGAAAUGUUGCUUUUGUUAUUGAGACGCUUCCCUGAAACUGUGGUACAACAUGGGGUCAGUUUAGGUGAGACUUUAUUAGAAUCUGAGGGUAUUGAAGACCAGGAAUCUCCUGUAAACUGUUUCAGAAAAUUAUUUGUAUGCGAUGUGUUGCCCCUUAUCAUUAACAAUCUGGAUGUUCGUCUGCCAGCAAGUUUGUUAUACAAAUACCUCCACAAAGCUGCUGAAUUUUACAUCAGCUACGUAACCCGUUCACCACAGGUAGAUGGCCAGCAUCAAAAUACACCGGACACGUCUGACAUUCUUUCACCAUCAAAACGUAGUUCUCAAAAAUACAUUAUUGAAGGGCUGACUGAAAAAUCGUCUCAGAUAUUAGACCCUUGGGAAAGACUAAUUAAGAUUCUGUCAGUUGUUGGCAUGAGGUGUGAAUGGCAGAUGGACAAGGGAACACGUGGUUUUAAUGACCUUUUGCACCGAAUGAAAGAUCUCUGCCGGUAUAUCAGCAACUUUGAAAAUGAAGCCCAUGCUAAAUAUAAAAAUCAAGUUGUCUAUUCUACUGCUCUUGUAUUCUUUAAGAAUGUUGUCCAGUACAUCAGCAACAUUCAACCAUCACUUUUCCAAGGUCCAAACACUCCAAACCAAGUACCGAUUAUUCUUUUGGAAGAUGUAUCAAAUGUCUACAGUGAGGUUGAACUUAAUACCGGCAAACACAUUCACAAAAGAAGGAAGCUUGCAGAGACCAGAGAAAAAACAAUGAGUUCUGAUGACGAGGAUCUCUCCGGAAAAGGCCGAAGUCGUCAUGUUGUGGUCAGUAAGAAUGAUCUUGCCAAUCCAAACGAGGUUCUUGAGAGCUUUAAGAUAGCAAGAGAAUGCUGGGAUUUGCUGCACUCCUCCGAAGCUCUUGAGAAAGAGUUCACCAGGCUUUGCUUGCCUUGGAAGACCGACACUUGGUUGUGGUUAAGGAUCUUCCUCACAGACAUGGUCAUCUACCAGGGGCAACAUAAGAAAGCCAUUACCAGCUUGCACCACUUGGCUGCUCUGCAGGGACCUAAUUCUCCAACACAGCAGAUUAUGACUCAAGGGACACUAGAACAGCAAAGAGCCCUGGUCCAGCUUGCUUCAUGUCACUUUUCACUUGGAGAGUACAGGCUUACAUGUGAAAAGAUCUUGGAACUAAUGAACUAUAUAGUACCCACAGCACAAGAUGUGUCCAAGGCACGUGAAGAACCAGCCAAACUAAAAACUAAACACAGAAAAGGUUCUGAUCUCAAGUUGUUGCCCUGUACAAAUAAAGCGGUCUUACCCUAUUGCCUUCAGCUGCUCUUGGCUAGUUUGAAGCUGAGAGCCUUCACGGAUAAUAGAGAUGACAUGUCUUUGGGUCAUGUGAUUGUACUUCUUCAACAUGAUUGGCCUAAAGGAGAGAACCUUUUUCUGAAAGCUAUUAGCAAGAUCUGCCAGCAAGGAAACUUCCAGUAUGAAAACUUUUUCAACUACAUAACAAAUAUUGACAUGCUUGAAGAAUUUGCAUAUUUAAGAACACAGGAAGGGGGUAAGAUUCAUCUAGAAUUAAUACCCAAUCAAGGAGUGUUACUCAAGACUUCUAGCACUGCCUUGAGUUUGCUGCAGCAGGAAUUCAUACCUGUCCUACAGCCCAGCAUAGCAGCCAUCGACAGACAUCAUACAGUGACUCGAGGUAUCACGAAGGGAGUGAAGGAAGACUUUAGACUAGCCAUGGAACGACAAGUCUCUCGUUGUACUGAGAAUCUGAUGGUUGUGUUGCACCGAUUUUGUAUAAAUGAAAAGAUUUUAUUACUGCAGAGCUUGGCUUGACAUCACUGCAGAUCUGAUAACAUUUUCUUUUAAUAUUCAUGCACCUUUCUCAUUGUAUCCUGUUAAGUAUUCAAAUCUGUUUCUGUUGGCCAAUGAGUUUUUGUGGUCUGUGCUAUAAAAUUCAAUUGCUGUGACCAAUGUUGCUGUAAAUAUUUUUAAUUUUUUUUAUUGCUAAUGUUCCAGUUUCAGAGUAUAGCUGUGUCUAAAGUAUCUUAAAACAUUGUCCUAUGUCAUUUUUUUAAUUAAAAUAUGGAAAGAAUGUUAUAAUAA